AUGUACCCGCGUAACCCGACCCGAUUCCGAUCCCCCAAAUUCCUCACCUCGAGGGCCGAGCGUUUUCUCGGCAUCACACCCCACGCGCCGCUACUCGAUAACUCCACACCCUUCGAAUAUAGCGAAGACGACGUCGUUUUCAGUUUCGACAAUUCUCACUCCUCUUCUCCCAUCCCCAUCCCCCGCCACCGUCACCAUUACAACCACCAUCUGCAUCAUCACAUUCCUUCUCCCUUAGGUCCUCCCGGUUCGUCUGAAAUCCACGCCGUCUCGCCGGAAAACAAAGAUUCUCCCAAUGCGGUCGACGGUUCGGAUUGUCUCGAUCUCGACUCUGUUUCAAUCUCCUCUUCCGUUUCCUCCGAUUCAUCUUCAUCCCACGCAACGCAACCGAUUCUCGUCCAGAGAUCGGCGUCAGACCGAACUCGGCCGUUUUCAUCCUUUGCAGCGAGUAAAUUCUACCAUUCCGCGCCGAUAAAUAUUCCGAUGAUGUCGCCGGAAAUGGCGGAGCUAGCGAGGAAAUUCGAAGAGGAAGAAGCACGAGAGUUGGCUGAGAAAGAGGAAUUCAAGAACAAGAUGCCUCCGCACGAGUUUCUCGCGAAGCAAUUGGAUUUUUCACGGAUGCAUUCGUGUUCGUUGUUCGAAGGAGUUGGAAGAACACUAAAGGGAAGAGAUAUGCGGAAAGUUCGGAAUGCCGUUUUGACCCAAACAGGUUUCAUUGAUUGA